CAUGAGAAAGGUUUCCUAUGAUUAGUUUACAUGUCAUACAGAAAUUGAUAACUAACCACAUAUGAAAACUAAUAGUUAAUAUAUAUCAAUUACUGACAUACAUACAGUUGAUACAAACAGAAAAUUAGAAUAAAUUGCAUUUGAAUCCAAAGAUUAUUUAGAAUAGGAAGUAACAGAGGAUAAAGAAUAUAUAAUCCUUUAAAAUAAUAUAAGAUAACAAUUAUCUGAACAAUUGAAUAUAGAAAAUUUAGGUAGGCAUCUAAUCAAUUUAUAGCAAAGUUUGAUUUUUCAAAUUUGGAUAGUAAAAUACAAAUGAUAUUUAAAUGGAUAAUGGUUGUAUUUUACAGAACUAGUAGUGAGAUGUAUGAAUGGAAACUAUUUAAGGUAACGUAUAUCUUGUAAUUUAAGGAAAUAUGCAUAAGUUAAGAUAAAGGAAAAGAUUUAAAAUACAGAAUUGGUUUAAAAAAUAUUGUGAGAAUGACUAAACUUGAAUUUGAACUUACUAAACAAUUAAUGUUAUAAAGACAUUGCAUUGAAUUACAAAAUAAUAAUAACAAAGAUAUUAGUUAAUUUAUUAGUUAAAUUUAUGAUAUAAUAUAAAUUAUAAUAAGAACGUUUGAAGCUGGUUAAAAAGUGAUUAGAUUUGAAGAAGAACUCAUUAAAGUAAAAUUAAUCAUAUUUUAAGAGAUAAAUUUCAGAAGAAUAAUUGGAAUAGUCCAAAAAAUGA